AGACAUCUGCUUCCCUCUGCUCUCCCAGAGAGCCCGAGGAGCCCCAGCUCUGAGCAGGAGCAGCUUCUCCCCUCGGAUGGGUCUCUGAGCAUCUCCAGGGUGCAGAGGGGCAGCCCCCCGGCCCCCCCAGCUCCAGGGCAAGAUGGCUCAGGACAUGACAGAGAAGGAGCUGCUGAAGAUGGAGCUGGAUCAGCUGAAGAAGGAGGUGAAGAACGAGAGGCAGAUGGUCUCCAAGACCGGCAAGGAGAUCAAGGAGUACAUCGAGUCCAUGUCGGGUGAGGACCCGCUGCUCAAGGGCGUUCCGGAGGACAAGAACCCCUUUAAGGAGAAGGGAGGCUGCACCAUAAGCUGACCCCCUGCUCCCGCCGGGCAUGGGGAUGUUCCCGUGAGCACUCCAGGACUGUUGGCAGGAUCCUGCUUUCCCUCUAGUCUGCCCUCGGCCCCGGGCAACCCAGAACCAAACCCUAGCGCAGUUAAAGGACAGCAAGAGAAGAAAAAGAAGAAAAAAUUACAUGUAAAAAAGAAAAAAAAAAAGAAAAAAAAAAAAAAAAAAAUCCACCCCACCCCCCGCUGCCGCCGGGGCUGAGCUUCGGCCGCUGCAGCGCCGGCGACUGUGGGCUCACAGCUGAGUUUUGGUUUCCCACGAGCAAAAAAAGCAAAACUUCUGCAUUUUUAGCAGCCUGGGCAAGCGGGGGUUGAUGGAAUCACCGAGCUGUGUCUGCUCCGAGCCCGCCGAGCCCGGCAGAGCCUCCCGGCAGGACCCACUCCCCAAUUCCUCCACUCGGCAUUCCCACCUGGCGCAGCCCAUCCCGCUGCUCCGAGCCCUCCAGGGACCUGGAUCUUUGUUCCCUUUAUCCCAGAACAUCCCAGAGCUGCCCACCCCUCGUGCCCGCCCUCCCUCCCAUUGGGAUUCCAUCCUGGAUCGGGCAGGGCGAGGAGGGAGAUGCCACCACCGCCCCACCUCCUCCUCCCAGUCUCCCUUCCUCCUCUGGAAAAGCCUUGGGAAUGCCAGCGUGUGACCGCCGUGUCACCUCCCCCGCGCUGCCACCGGGCCCGGGGGGCUGCCAGCCCCAUGCCAGCGUGUCCCAGCGGUGUCUGGGGUGAGCUGGAGCCAUCCCUGGAGCACCACAGGGCUCUCCAGCCCUGAGCUAGGCCGCGAUCCUGCUGCUCCCGAGUUACUUUAAAGACAAAUUUAAUCCCCUGCUUGACAGAAAAAAGCUGGGGCACACCCAGCUCCGAAUCCAGCGGGGUAGGUUUGUGGGGUUUGUUGUUUGGAGACGUUUUGCUUUUUUAAAACCCCAUUCCGGCUCCACGUAAUCUUGGGGAAAACUCUCCCAGAACUGCCCCAGACCAUCAACCCCGAAAGAGAAGCAGCAGUGAUUUGAAUUUCUGAGUGGCUCAGGGUGCUGUCCCCAUCCCAGAGGAGCAACCCUCUCCCACUCUUCCUCCUCCUCCCAGACCGCCCCGGGACUGGUUUAAAUCCAUGGAAUUCCUCUGGAUCCCACCUGGAGCGGUGUUUUCCUGCCUGCUGGAUCUCUGCUCGGCCUCGCCCACAUGGGGCUCACCACGAGGCAAAGGCGCUUCAGACACGGGGACAACCUAAAAAGGGGAGGACAAGACAUAAAGAAGUGGAUUUUCCUCAAGCAGGGGGUCCCCCCAGUCCCCUGCAGGCAGAACCCCCCUCCCUGCGCCUCCCUGGCCCCCCAAAAAAUCCCAAAAUCAAGGAGGUUUUGUUCUCUCUCGCAGACGCUCAAUAAACCCGCCAGCACCA